UUGCGAUUUGCUUGUUAGAUUCGCUGCCGGGCCGCCCGACAGUGGCUCCAGGCGCCAGUUCGGUGGCUUCCAUCGUAAAGUCGUGCCUUCCCGACAAUACGGCCCCUUGAGGAUGGACAUCAACCAGAACUCGGAGGCUCCUUCGCCUAAUUCCAUGAUGGUCGAUGAUCCAGAGGAGCAUGUCGUUGAGCCGAAUGGUACCGAAACAGACAAUGUUGCCCUCAUCAAUGCCGACGCCAUGGAUCUUGGGACGGUCCUCGCGAGCGACUAUGAGGUUAUGAAAGAGAUUGUCUUGCCGCCGCUAGUCGAAGAGCCUCGGAUCUUGGAGGAUCAGGUCCACACAUGGACGGUGGAAAACUGGAGAGCGAUGAACAAGAAGGAGCAUGGCCCAAUAUUCCACGCUGGUGGUUAUCCAUGGCGAAUCCUACUCUUCCCAUUUGGCAACAAUGUCCUUGACCAAUGCUCGAUCUACCUCGAACACGGUUUCGAGGCCAACAAUGUUCCCGACGACUGGCACUGCUGUGUGCAGUUCGCGCUCGUUUUAUGGAACAAGAAUCACCCCAAGAUCUUCUACCAACACUCGGCCCACCACCGCUUCACGAAGGAGGAGAGCGACUGGGGAUUUACGAGGUUCCUUGAGACUCGGAAGAUGUUCAAUACCGUCUGGGAGAAUGCGGAUCGGCCGCUCAUUGAGAACGACUGCGCCAACAUCAGCGCGUACGUCCGGGUAGUCGAGGACGAGACUGGCGUGCUGUGGCACAACUUCAACAACUAUGACUCUAAGAAGGAAACCGGCUAUGUUGGUCUGAAGAAUCAGGGCGCCACUUGCUAUCUGAAUUCGCUUCUCCAGUCCUUAUACUUCACCAACGCCUUUCGAAAGGCGAUCUACGGUAUCCCGACAGAACAGGAGGAGAGCAUGAAUAACAGCGCCUAUACCUUGCAAAGGCUCUUUUACCAGCUACAGACCUCCAACACAGCUGUGGGGACCGCGGAGCUUACAAAGUCUUUCGGCUGGGAGACGCGUCAUAUCUUCGAGCAGCAGGAUGUACAGGAGCUUUCCCGGAAGCUCAUGGAACGCAUGGAGGAAAAGAUGAAAGGCACCCCGUUCGAGAAGGCGCUGCCGCAGAUGUUCAGCGGCAAAAUCAAGACGUACAUCUCUUGCAUCAACGUUCCGUACGAGUCGAGCCGGAUCGAAGACUUUUGGGACGUCCAACUCAACGUCAGCGGAAACGAGAAUCUGUUGGAAAGCUUCCAGGACUACAUCCAGGUGGAGAAGCUUGACGGCGAGAACCAAUACUUUGCCGGCGACGAGUACAAACUCCAGGACGCUAACAAGGGCGUCAUUUUCAUGAGCUUUCCGGAUGUCCUGCAUCUACAGCUCAAACGAUUCGAGUACGACAUUCAGCGCGACGCCAUGAUGAAGAUCAAUGAUCGCUACGAGUUCCCAGAAACGUUUGACGCAUCCCCAUUCCUGGACAAGGAAGCCGACAAGUCCGAGCCUUGGGAGUACCAGUUGCACGGUGUUUUGGUACAUAGCGGUGACUCUAAUGCUGGCCACUAUUAUGCUUUCCUGAAGCCGGAGAAGGAGGGUUGGUGGUACAAGUACGACGACGACAAGGUCACCAAGGCAACAAAACGGGAGGUGUUGGAAGAGAACUUUGGCGGCCCCUUCAAGUUGCCCAACGGGCACGUUCGGCCGCUCGGGAACAAGAAGGGUCCCCUGAUGCGGCCCAACAGUGCGUACAUGCUAGUGUACAUUCGCAAGUCGAGACUCGACAAGAUCCUUUGCCCAGUCACAGCAGAGGACACUCCAGGUCAUCUACGACGGCGAUUCGAAGAAGAAUACGCUGCCAGAGAGGCCCGGCGCAAGGAGAGGGAAGAGCAACAUCUCUAUCUCGGCGUCAAGGCCAUCACAGAAGCAACAUUUAGACAACAUGGUGGCACCGACCUAACCAAUUUUGAUGCGACGCCAGACCAGGAUCCCGCAGCACCUAGGUUCUACCGCGUCCUUCGUUCGGCGACGAUGCAAGAUUUGGUUAACAUGAUUGCCGCCAAUAUUGAGCAGGACCCGAAACGUGUUAGACUCUGGAUCAUGGUCAACCGGCAAAACAAGACCAUCCGCCCGGAUCAACCAGUGAUGGACCUCCGCCCGACUGUUGAGGAAACAUACACUAGAGCUGCGGCGCACAGAGAUUUUGCACUACGUGUCUGGGUGGAAGUCGCCGAGGAGGUGGCCUCGGAUGGUGCCGUCAACUGGCCAACCCAUCAGGGCUUGCAGAACGGGGUCGUCGUUAAGAAUGACCUCAUCUUGCUCUUCCUCAAAUGGUUCGAUGCCGAGGCCCAAACGCUGAGAGGCGUCGGCCAUGUGUACAUCAGCAAGGAAAAGAAGGUUGAGGAGCUGAUUCCCGUCAUCAUGAAGAAGAUGGGUUGGGAGAAGCUGUCGAGCGACGAGAAGAUUCAGCUUUGGGAGGAAAUCAAACCCAACAUGAUUGAGGUCCUGAAAGGCAAGCAAACUCUCAAGACAGCGGAGCUCCAGGACGGCGACAUCGUUUGCUUCCAGCGGCUUCACGAACGCAAGUCGAGGUUAGGACUUGGCGACAAGAGCGACAGGCAGUCUUCCGAAGAGGCGUCAGUUACACGUGCCUUGGUCUACUGCGAGAUGGAUGGCGCUGACGUUUCUAGUAGAACGAAAUCUUUGGACCGGUGCGAAGAUGCGCGUGAAUACUACGACUUCCUGCUCAACAAGCGGACAGUCGCGUUCCGCGCACACCCUCAGAAAUGUGACCCAGAGGCAUACCCGCCCUUCGAAAUGGUCCUGAACUCCAGGAUGAGUUACGACAAGCUGUCGGAGAAGGUUGGCGAGAAGUUGGGCGUCGAACCGACGCAUUUGCGGUUCUACACUGUCAACGCUAGUUCCAGCAACCCGAGGACAGCGGUUAAGCGCGGCCAGAACCAGACGCUCGGCAGCAUUCUCAUGCCAGCAGGCUACGGACAACUAAACAUGAAUCAGCGCAACGACGCCUUGUUCUUCGAGGUCCUCGACAUGAGCCUUGCUGAACUGGAUACCAAGAAGAGCAUCAAGCUCACCCUUCUGAGUGAAGGGAUCACAAAAGAGGACCAGUAUGACGUUCUGGUUCCCAAAAACGGCCAGGUGGAAGAUCUCAUCGACUGUCUAGUGAAGAAGGCCAAGAUCCCCAGCGAAGAAGAGGCUGGGCCAAUUCGCAUAUAUGAGAUCAGUAACCACAAAUUCUUCAGAGAACUGGACCGGAACUAUCCGGUCAUCAGCAUCAACGACUACACGACGGUGAUUGCUGAGCGGAUACCAUCAGAGGAAGUCGGCGAGCAAGAUCCGACGCACUUCAUCUCGGUGUUCCACUUCCAUGGAGAGCCUAGUAGGGCACAUGGGAUCCCGUUCAGGUUCCUGCUCAAAGAAGGAGAAAAGUUUCCGGAUACCAAGAAGCGGCUUGAGAAGCGGACGGGACUCAAAGGCAAGAGUUUCGAAAAGAUCAAGUUUGCUGUUGUCAAGCGGACGCAGUUCUCGAGACCGCAAUAUUUGACAGAUGAUGACAUUCUCUGGGAGGUGGCGGCGAAUGCGGAUGACUGCCUCGGCUUGGACCACCCUGACCGGACGCGGUCGAUGCGCAACGGUGCUGUGGAUCUAUUUCUUAAGGGAUAGAACGUUGCCCCAUUGAUGCAUGCCUUGUUUUGCGAUCUGCAGCAACAGCCUUAAGUGUAUAUCCUU